AUGGCUAUGUGGAAGUUCGCAUCUCAAGUUGGUAUUCGAACUGCGGUCCGAGCUGCCUCUACCUCACCUCAACCCACCAAAGUUGCGGGGGACAUAUCGUCCGUUUUUCCUAGCUUGAGAUCAGACUAUAAGCCAGAGCCCCUCCCAAAGCGGUUUGAAGACCUAAAGUUACGUCACUUCCUGCGGAAUGGAAGUGCACUGAAGAAGAGUUGGGUUAGAUUAUUAGCCAGCCUUGAGCAUGAAGUGGAGGAGAUUAGGAAAGCUGGCAGUGACGUUAUACCAUCAAUUGAUUUCUCAGAUAUUCUAUCAGGCAAGGUAUCGCCUGGUAAGCUAGCUGAGAUUCGUAGGCGUGGAUGUGCAAUUGUAAGGGCAGUUAUUCCGAAACCAGCGGCUCUCGACCUCAAGCAACAGGCAACUGAAUAUAUCUCUGCCAAUAAAAAUAACGUGAAAGCAUUUCCCCCUGACUCCCCCGCCGUUUAUGAACUUUACUGGUCACCCUCACAAGUCGCAGCUAGGGCGCAUCCCAAUAUCCUUCGGACCCAGUGCUUUCUGCAAGGAAUUUGGUAUUCUUCCGAUCCCAAAACACAGCUCUCCACGACCUACCCUCUUUCCUACGCGGAUCGAUUUCGCAUCAGAAAUCCAGGCGAUGCGAAGUUUGCCCUUGGCCCACAUAUCGAUGGAGGAUCGCUUGAAAGGUGGGAGGAUCCUGAAUAUUCAAGUGUUUACCAGAAGAUACUGGAUGGUUUGUGGGAGGAGUAUGACCCUUUUGAUGCACGGCACCGCGUUCACGCGAAAAUGGAUCUUUACAAUGGAGCAGGUGCCUGCUCCAUGCUACGGUUCUUCCAAGGAUGGCUGUCGAUGUCCGACACGGGACCAGGAGAAGGAACCUUGCACGUAUGCCCAAUGUUAAAAUCCAGUACCGCUUACACCAUUCUCCGCCCAUUCUUUGAUGUCCAGACUUCGGAACCCCUGAUGGAUUCUUCAUUCCCCGGCUCCGUUCCUGGAGCGUGUCAGGAAUACUCGGACCUAUCUCACCCGCACCUGAAGCUUUCCAUUACCAUGGUAUCUGUACCCCGGGUUGAGCCAGGUGAUUAUGUUGCAUGGCACUGCGAUUGUCUCCAUUCUGUUGACAAUGAACAUCGAGGUAAAGGUGAUUCGAGUGUGUUGUAUAUUCCUGCAGCCCCGCUGUGCGAGAUGAACGCAAGAUAUCUUCAGAAGCAGCGCCAAGCGGCCUUAAUAUAUUCUCCACCGUGGGACUAUCCAAAUGCUGGCGGACCCGGUGAGUUUGGCUUUGCUGGAGCAGUGGAUUGGUCGACAUUGAGCCAUGAUGGUUUACAGGCCAUGGGAAUGGGUGAUGCACCAUGGCAGGUUCAGGGAGUUGAAAUAAUGCGGCUUCAAGCAGCCCUUAUUCUGCUGGCCUCUGCCGUGCCCGCUUCCCUGGCAAUUUUCGCAGACGAGGCCUACCACAUAGAUUACCACCACGCCUUACUAGGAACUCCCCAGGGACACUCGACUUUCUUCCACAAGCCCAGCACCUCCUCUGCUGCGUCGUUACUCUACACGCUAUCUGAAAAAUAUGUCCUGGGUGCAGUGAACCCGAAGGAUGGUGCGAUUGUCUGGCGUCAGAACCUGGCAACAGCAGCGUCGGCGGAUGAUGGCCACCCAUUGCCGUCGUUGCUAAGAGGUGUUGAAGGUGAGGAUGCUGUGGUCAGUGCAAUUGGCGGGAGGGUGGCUUCGUGGAGCGCAUUGGACGGGAAGUUGGCCUGGGAGAAUGAGUUCCAUGAUGGCCCGGUUGUCGGGUUGGAGACGCUUGUCCUUGAUGAGUCCGUGGACCCGAAGCUGGCUGCGAAGGAUUUAAUCGUGCUUUUUGGCAAGACAUCGGGCAUUGUUAGACGGUUAGAUGGGGCAUCCGGAAAUGUUAAAUGGGAAUACAAAGAUGAUAGUGAUAACUCCCCGUUCCAGGUGUCGACUUCACAAGCUGCUAUUUACUAUAUUUCUUUACAACCUGCAACACGGAAGGGAUAUAAAAUCAAAGUUACAGCGCUAGAUUUGAACACGGGUCACCAAACGAACCACUAUACCCUGAACUCUGAAGGCGAGGUUUCCUCUCCCGAAUCUAUCAUUUUCGUUGGAGCAAAUUCCAAAUCUCCGUUGAUUGUAUGGGCGGAUAGCACAUGGAAGACCAUAAAAAUAAAUGUGAUUGGAACCAAGCACAUCCAUUCUCUUGAUGUUGAAAACAACAGCGGCGAGGAUAUCCAGAAUGUCGAAUUCCACGCUCCUCGUGCCCUCAAUGCGGAACCACAUUUCCUAAUCCACUAUGCGACAAAAUCCAAAUCAUGGGCAGAGGUAUAUCACACGGACAUUAAAUUGGGUGAAAUAUCCAGAGCUUACCAGCUUCCAAUGGUUGCUGAAAGUUCGGUUUUCACUACGAGUAAUAGGGAUACCAACGUCUACUUUACUCGGGUUACGAAAACUGAUAUAAGUGUCGUCUCGUCUACCUCUCAUGAAAUCCUUGCUAGAUGGACUCCUAGUGAAGCUGUAACUGAAAAUGCACGCCACGCGGUCUCCGAAGUCGUUGCUCGUGGCUCUACCUAUGCCGUUCGAUUUGCCCAGGUUUUGGAGGCUGGCAACUGGAUGCUGGUUCGAAACGGCGAUAUUGCAUGGAGCAGACCAGAGAUUUUGACCGAAGCCGUAGCAGUGUCCUGGGCUGACGUCAAUGGUGGGGAGAAACUUGCUCAAGCACUGGAAGUAGAAGGCCAUGAAUCAUUAGUGGGAGCAUACGUUCACCGGUUGAAACGCCAUGUGAAGGAUCUGGAGGGUUUGCCUACAUGGCUCCGCGGAUUACCCGUCCGUAUUCUAUCGAGUUUCAUGACGAGUGAUGGUUCAGAUCUCAUCAGCUUUGGAUUCAGGAAACUAGUGAUUGUGGCCACCCGGAAUGGUUACGUUCUGGCUAUAGAUCACGCGAAUAAGGGCAAAAUUUUGUGGAAGACCAAGGUCGCUGAAUCCCGCGAUGCUGACUGGAACGUGAAAGCUAUCAAUGUUGCUCAUUAUAUUGCGACAGUCUAUGUGGAAGAUGGCAGCUUUGUCAAGGUCAAUGUCUCUUCAGGAGAGAUUAUUGAACGUGGCAAUCCGUCUGAACCCCUUGAAUCUAUCGUCCUGAUACCCAGCGGGGGACAUCAAGUUGCGGUCAGUGUCCAAGCUCGUGGUGUACCCGAUUUAUCCUCUGUGCCCCUGGACGGCAACACAUUCAUUGUAACACUAAAUGGCGGUCGUGUCCUCGGUUGGAACUCCGCCAGCCCCAAGGUGCCCCUUUGGGAAUUUUUACCUCCCAAAGGCCAGAAACUUAUCAAUGCUAUAGCCCGCCCACCUCACGAUCCGGUUGCAUCAAUUGGAAAAGUACUGGGAGAUCGCUCUGUUCUCUACAAAUAUUUGAAUCCAAACCUUGCUCUCCUCACGGCCGUUGGGGAUUCGACAGCUGCCUUCUAUCUUCUCGACGCUGUAUCCGGACAAGUCCUUCACUCCAUCACCCAAACCGGUGUCGACACCAGCCAACCAAUUACCACAGCUCUGUCAGAAAACUGGUUCACUUACUCUCUCUGGGCCGAUGUAACAGAAAUUUCAGACUCAAAAGGCUACCAGCUCGUGAUAUCCGAACUGUAUGAAUCCCCCAUCGCCAAUGACCGCGGCCCACUAGGUGACGCCGCAAACUAUUCGAGCAUCCAUUCAAACUCCGGUAUUCCCCGACCCCACGUAAUCUCUCAAGCCUACAUAAUCCCUGAACCCAUCUCAAGCAUGGCCGUCUCUCAGACCCGCCAAGGCAUAACCACCAAACAAUUACUAUGCUCCCUGCCCGCUUCAAACGGCGUCAUCGGUAUCCCGCGUCAACUCCUAGACCCCCGGCGCCCAAUUGGUCGCUCGCCAACGGCGAAUGAGGCGGAGGAGGGCCUGACCCAAUACGCAGCCUUCCUAGACUUUGACGGCAGGUGGUUUCUCACGCACUCGCGCGAUGUCAUUGGUAUUCAGAAUAUUGAGUCGAGCCAGACGUUGCUAGAAAGCACCAGCCUUGUAUUCGCCUAUGGGUUGGAUGUAUUUGGCACACGGAUCCAUCCUAGUCAGGCAUUCGAUAUUUUGGGCAAGGGCUUCUCUAAGAUACAGUUGCUGUUGACUGUUAUUGCGCUAGCUGUUGGCGUUGCGAUGCUGGCUCCUCUGGCCCGACGGAAACAAGUGGACUUGAAAUGGAAGUCUUGA